AAAAAGUAAUAUAAUCACAUUAUGGCAUAACCUUUUGUUUGUAUUUCAAAUUGGUAUUGCACUGUGUCAAGCACUUCUGUACUUUUAACCUUUAAAUCACUGUAAAAAGAAAAGGAUGAAAGCCUGGUUUUUAUCUCAAAAAGCAUAAAGCCUGUGUAUUUAGAUGUCUAUACAUGUCAUUUGUGACAUACUUGUAAACAAGUUGCUGAAAUGUGACAUUUUGAACUCAAAAUCGAUCCACCGAGUUGCUUUCAGAACACUCUACAACGUUUCCGUUCUUGAAUGCCCCACGCUCCAAACCGUUGCGCAAUGCGCGGAUCUGGGUGAAACGCUAGAUAGCUAGCAAGCUAUUCCUCUCCCAUCCCACGGGCUCAACUCUAGCCAUUCUCUCACUGCUGAAAAGUGGCAUUUGUGUAGCUGUUGCUUUUGAAAGUUGAAAACGUUUAUUUGUAGCUGCCUCGCAACCUAGCUUCAAUUUAACCUUAUUUCGCUAUGAUUGCAAGUUAGCUUGAGUUGCUUGCUGCAGUGCCAGUGGCAGUUUGGGAAGGAAGAAUCAGAUACGCGGCAGUCCAAGCCGCCAUACAUAAGCUACCUCUCUGACACUGACGAGUGAUGGAGGCCCCACCAGUCUCAGUGCUGCCCAUCACGGGGGGCACAAUCAACAUGAUGGAGUACCUGCUGCAAGGCAGCAUCUUGGACCAGGCCCUCGAAAGCCUAUUGCACCGCCUCCGGGGCCUUUGUGACAACAUGGAACCUGAGACGUUCGCCGACCAUGAGCUGGUCUACCUCCUGAAGGGCCAGCAGGGCAACCCGUUUCUGCUACGUGCCCGCCGCUCCCUCUCCCACCCCACGGUGCCCUGGCACCUGCGCUACCUGGGCCAGCCGGAGGUGGGCGACAAGUCCCGCCACGCCCUGGUUCGCAACUGUGUGGAUGUGGCUGCCUCGCACAGCCUGCCCGACUUCCUCAACGAGAUGGGCUUCCGCAUGGACCACGAGUUCGUAGCCAAGGGCCACAUUUUCCGCAGAGGCGUGCUCAAAGUGGUGGUGAGUAAACUGUCACGCAUCCUGGUCCCCGGGAAUACAGAGAACACUGAGCCGCUGUCACUCUCCUACCUGGUGGAGCUCAGUGUGUUGGCCCCCGCGGGCCAGGAUACCAUGUCGGAGGACAUGCGCAGCUUCGCUGAGCAGCUCAAGCCCCUGGUUCACCUGGAGAAGAUUGACCCCAAGAGACACAUGUAAGAAAGGGUGUGUUAUGAUGAGCCUCUGUUGGCUGUCAUGGACAAAGUGGAGUUUUUAUUAAUGGGACUUAUUAAUUACAUGGGACUUAUUUUUAUAUGAUUCCUGUAAGAAAGAGCUUUCCCACAGUCCUUUGUCUCUGUGAAUGAACUCUAGAUCUCACAAUCUUGAUGUGUAUCUCGUACAUUUGGAGAAGGACCAUCUGCCAUUAGGAUGUUAGUGGUGUUUGAAAAGGACUUCACAUGAGGUUUAUGACACAUUGAUGAUGUGACAAAUGAGGCUUUGAAUGAGUCAAUAAAUAACAAUGUUUCUAUUCACAGUGCUGAACUCUUAGAACAUUGGUUUCGUAUGAUGCUGAUGUUUCAAGAAAUGCUCAGAGCUAUAAUGUUUAUUAAACAUUAUUUUUCUCAA